GGAAAAGAAACUUCGGGAACAAAACUUAUCUUCGGAUAAUAAUUCACCAGAACCAUCCAAUUUAUCAUACAAAGAUCAAAAUUUGAAAUCGUCAACAAUAUUGCAAUCUAUCUCUAGCCACUCUGUGACUACCUCUGGUGAUAGCUCUGAUUUAUUAGAACAACUUCCUAUAAAGCAAAAAAAUAAAACGCUUGAAAUAGAUAUAAAACCUUUAAUACAAGAACUAAAUAUAAAAACUUUAAAGGAGGAUACCAUUAAAAUUGUUAAUGUAGAUGCCUCAGAGAAGCGAUCCUCUAUAUCUAGCCACUGUGUGACUGCCUUCGGCAAAAAUUCUACAGAUAACCAAUCACCUACAAUCAAAUUAGUAUAUCUAUUCGAAAGAAUUUGUUUUGCGGAAUUUAAUACUAUGCGAGCUAAACAAGAUGAAAUUGCUAGCUGGUAUUCAUAUAGAAAGUUUUUUGAAAAAAAACAUAGUGAAAUUUUACCUGGAAUCCUGAAAAAUAAACUACAACUUACGAAACAAAAAGCAUAUGAGCUAGCGAGUAGCCAAAUUUAUGAUGAAAUGUUAUGUUAUCUUUCAGAAGAUAAGAUUUUGCGAAUUAAGACUUAUAGCGCAAAUAAACUUUCAAAAUUAACUGAUGCACAAAUCGAUAUAAUCAUAUAUGAGGUAAGUCGUUUCACAGAAAAGUAUGAUACUACCCCCCCACUGCGUGAAAAAAAUUCACGCACUCAUAUGACUGAACCAUCUAACUCUACCAAACCUCAGAUCUCAAAUUCCUCAGAUUCGGAAGCUGAGGUAAGUAUGUCUAAUACUCCUGACUCUCCCAUCUCGAGAAAAUUAGAUAUUAAUGUAACUAGCUCUACUAAG